UGCUAAUUCUGCUAACUCGGGGCGGGCGUUGGCGUUGCAGGGUGUUAUUAGGGGAAAACAAAACACGAGUCGUGCGCGACACGACUGCUGCCCCAUCAACCGCUUGUCCCUCGCUCGCCUCAUCACACUCCGCUUCACCAGCUCACCUUUAUACCUGUUGCCCACGUCGUCGCCAUUCGUGCGACUCCGAUCGUCUACACGCGCAUUAACGCCUCUGCUGCAUCCUGAGACCUGCGUCUGGCUCUCCAUCCCCGCAAUGUCGGUCAAACUCGAGAAAGAGACCGUCAAGACGACCGCAGGUGUCAAAGCUCCUGAUGUCAAGCAUGAGAGUAUUGCGCACGAACUUGGCGAGGCCCUCACCAAGGGUGGCGGCGUCAAUGGCUAUCUAGGUGCCUAUCUCCAACAGCUUCAGUCAAACCCUUUGCGCACCAAGAUGCUCACGUCUGGUACCCUCUCCGGUCUACAAGAAUUCCUCGCAUCUUGGAUUGCCAAAGAUCGCAGCAAGAAUGGAACAUAUCUCACUUCGAGAGUCCCCAAGAUGGCUCUUUACGGAGCCUUUGUCAGUGCUCCCCUGGGCCACUUCCUCAUCUCCAUCCUGCAGAAGAUCUUCCAUGGCCGGACCAGCUUGAAAGCAAAGAUAAUGCAAAUUCUAUUUAGCAACCUGAUUAUCUCCCCCAUUCAGAAUUCCGUAUACCUGGUCUUCAUGGCCAUUAUUGCGGGCGCUCGUACUUUCCAUCAAGUUAGAGCAACAGUCAAGGCUGGCUUCAUGCCAGUCAUGAAAGUCAGCUGGUGCACUUCACCCGUUGCCCUUGCUUUUGCGCAGAAGUUUCUCCCGGAGCAGACCUGGGUCCCAUUCUUCAACAUCGUCGCAUUCGUGAUCGGCACUUACAUAAACGCUCAUACCAAGAAGAAGAGAUUGGCUGCCCUGAGAAGGAAGGCAUACGGAGAUGGAAGGACCGAUGCCCGGACUAGUGGCAGACCCGGCGAUGAUUACGACAACAGACCUCGAUACGGCUAGGCGGUGCGAACUUGGAUGGUUGGCGGGUGGUGGCAAAGGUCUUGGAGUUAAGAGUUGUGCAUACCGAGCAUGAACUUAUGGUUGGUCUAGGGGCUGCGAUAGUAAUCUCACGACCAGGGCCGUGGGGAAUACUCAAGGCAAAUUGAUCGGACGGGGAACUGCAGAUACUCGGGAAAGAGCAUAGAAAUGUGUGAUAAAGAUAUAUCGCAUUUGUUGUGCAGCUUUUGCAGCAA